AUGUUUGAAUCAUUGCAGCCGGCUGCAUAUGCUCUUUCUUUCAUUUUCUGGGUAAUUGGAACCAUUUCGACGUGCUCGCGCAUCUACUCGCGAGGAUGGAUCAUCGAAGUCUUUGGCAUGGAUGACUGGUGGAUGGUCAUGGUAUUAGUUUUCAACACAGUACAACAGGGAAUGUUUUGUGCGUUUCUUCAUUAUGGAGGUGGAGUUCAUAUCUCCUUCGUGACUAACGAGGAAGAUAUAUUGACCUUGACCAAGCUUCUCUUCGCGGAAGAGAUCAUGUAUAUCUGGAUGCAAUUUAUCAUCAAGACGGCAUUCCUGCUCUUCUAUCUGCGACUAGUCACCAAUACGAAUUUCACCUACAGCGUAUAUGCGGUGAUGGGACUAAAUCUUUCAGUUUCUCUCUCUUUAUGGCUGCUAUACUGUCUCCAAUGUUUGCCCUUGGCAGCGUUCUGGGAUGCGGCAGCAUACCCUGACGCUAAGUGCCUAACAACAACAGUGACCUACUAUGUUCCCGUCACGCUGUGCAUCUUCAUGGAUUUUGUCAUCCUCAUCCUUCCCAUUCGCCCCCUUUGGAAGAUCCAAGCAAGUGUUACCCGUCGACUGGCCAUCAUCGCCACCAUCACCGUCGGUGGCAUCGCAGUGUUGGUAUCCUGUCUGCGCAUCAUCGUCCUCCAUGAGUUUGCAGUAAACCCGGAUUUCACUUACACCCUCGGAAAAAUGGUCAUUAUCUCAGCCAUCGAGCUUAAUGUCGCCAUCACCGCCGCAAAUGUGCCAUCGUUCAAAGCUAUCUGGCGCAAGCAUGUCACUGGAACUUUGACGGGAAAAUCAAACUCUCACUACCUGUCAUCAAUUGGGAAGAAAGGACACUCUGGUGGCAGCAAGGACAUCGCAAUCGCCCAUCAGAGGAGGGAGCCGGAUUAUGAUCAGGCAGAUUUGACAGACUCCGCGUCGACAAAUAAUUUGGUUGAGAGGCUGGGAACUCACGACUCAACUUAA